AUGGUUUGUCUCCUGUCCCCCGAGGAAUUCUCUGUGUCUCCCCCCAUUGGCCCAGCGGGGCUGCCGCUGCUGCUGCAGCUGACCACUCCGCAGCUGCAGGGGCUUCCGCCGCAGCUGCAGCAGCAGCUAGAAGACCACCUUCUCUGCAGCAGCAGCAGCAGCGACAGCAGCAACAGAAGCAGCAGCAGCAGCAGCAAAGGCUGCUGCUGCCUCGUCGUGCACCCAGAUGGCUCCCGGGAGACGAUCCCAGCAAACUUUCGCGGAGGACACAUUGAGAUAGCUCUUUCCCCAGUAGUGCUAGAGGCUGAAGAUGCAGCAACAGAGGACCAGCAGCAGAAGCAGCAUAAGGAACCGCAGCAGCAGCAACAACAGCAGCAGCAUCAGGAACCGCAGCAGCAGCAACAACAGCAGCAGAGCGAUAGCCGCAUGGCGACUAAGAACAGCAGCAGCAGCAGCAGCAGCAGCAGCUCUAGCAACAGCAGAAGCAGCAGCAACGUAUAUGUGCUGCAGCUCUACUUGUCUUUUAAUGGCAUAGAAUUCAGCAGCACGCCGAAGCCCUUUGAGGUGUAUAAGCAGCUGCAGGUAGACCAGUUGCUGCUGUUCACCCUUCCUGCUGGUGCUGCUGCUGCUGCUGCUGCUGCUCCCAGCGUCAGCAGCAAGCCAGAAGCUGCAGCAGAACCUGCAGAGGCAGCAGCAGAGUCUGUGCUAGCCCCGCUACCAGCCUUUGAAACAACAGAAGCAGCGCAGCAAACAGCAGCAGCAACAGCAGCAGCGGAACCAGCGCCUGCCGCAGCAGCAGCAGCAGCGGCUGCUGCUGCUGCAGCUGCUGCUACUGCUGCUGCUGCUGGUGAGCUGCAGCUCGUAGAUGAAGACUCUCUGCUCGGCAGCAACACAUUUGCUGCUGUGCUGCUGGAGUGUGCGGUGUCUAUACACUCCCCUUGCUUCCGACUGACGGUGCUGCCAGAAGCUCCUGCUGCUCCUGCUGCUGCUGCUGCUGCUGCUGGUGGGCACCACCGCAGGAGCAGCCAAAUAGCGCCUCGCCUACUUCAUGCCAAUGAGCCAAGCAGCCAUGCAGUCCCCUUGCCUGCAGCAGCAGCAGCAGCAGUAGCAGCAGCAACAGCAGCAACAGCAGCCGGGGGAGCAGAAGCUGCUGCUGCUGCUGCUGAAGCAGAAGAAGCAGCGCCGCUGCAGCUAGUUGUUCCUGCUGCGUUCAACAGCUCCGCGCAGCAGCGGCUUGUUGCGCUCUUUGAGAGCAGCAGCAGCAGCAGCAGCAGCAGCGGGCGGCCCGGCAGCAGGCGCGGAGCCUCAAGAGACAAAGCAGCAAAAGGUGCAGCAAGAAAGUCUCCUGCUGCAGUGCCCUUGGGGGGCACUUCCAAAGCUGCUGCUGGUGCUGGCAGCAGCAGCAGCAAGGGCGCAGCAGGGGACAAGCAGCAGAAGCAGCAGCAAAAGGCUGCUAAGGGGCACCAGCAGCAGCAGGCGCAGCAACAGCAGCAGCAGCAGCAGGAACAAAAGCCCGAAACCCCUGAGGAGAGCCUCCAAAAGGUCAUUGUGGUGAGACACCAGACAGCAGCUAGCUAG